AAUUCAUUCUUCUCCCACACUCUGGAGGAUCCUUUUCCCGAUCUGCGAGGGCAGCUCCAUGGCAGGUUCAUCAGAAUUCGAUCCAGCGCUUGCGCUUUCUCACAAGUUCCCCGAUACUACAUACUCUUAUACAGACAGAGAUGCAGCACUUUAUGCCUUAGGCGUAGGGGCAUGUUUAUUGGAUGCUGUUGAUACCGAUGAACUUAAAUAUGUUUACCAUGAGAAUGGUCAGAAGUGUAUCAAGGUCUUGCCUACGUUUGCUGCUGUGGUUUCACUUCGAUCUGCGCCGAAUGGCUUUGAUCUCCCAGGAUUGCAAUUUGAUCCACGCCUUCUGCUUCAUGGACAGCAAUAUAUAGAAUUGUACAAACCGUUUCCUUCCAGCUGUCAUAUACUCAAUAAAGCCAGUCUUGCUGGAUUGCAUGAUAAAGGUAAAGCAGCAAUUUUGGAGAUUGAAACAAAAAGCUAUGAGAAGGAGUCUGGUGCUUUAUUAUGCAUGAACAGGUCAACUAUCUAUCUACGUGGUGCUGGUGGCUUCUCAAAGUCAUCUAACCCAUUUUCUUACUCAAACUACCCUUUGAACCAGACUCCAGCUGCGAAAAUUCCUGAAAGUAAACCUUUUUCAGUGUUUGAGGAUCAUACCCAACCAUCUCAGGCACUGAUCUAUAGGCUAUCUGGUGACUACAAUCCUCUGCAUUCAGAUCCCAUAGUUGCAAAGGUUGCUGGAUUCUCGCAGCCAAUAUUGCAUGGGUUGUGCACGUUAGGGUUUGCUGUUAGGGCAAUCAUCAAAAGCAUAUGCAGAGGAGAUUCAGACUUGAUAAAAAGCAUAGCGGGCCGUUUUCUUCUACAUGUCUACCCUGGUGAAACUUUAGUCACUGAGAUGUGGCUUGAAAAUCGAAGGGUUGUAUAUCGGACUAAGGUGAAAGAGCGACAGCGAACAGUUCUUUCUGGCUACGUUGAUCUGCGUGGUUUGAGUUCGUCACUGUGAAAGAAUUCAGUAACAUGUAGCUCGAUAAUAUCUGCAGGAGGUUUGCCAUAAAUUAAGUACUCCACAAUUCAAAUGCUCUGGAAGUAAUUGUAAAAUGUUUGUUAAAUGUUUAGAAUUUCAAAGUUGGUAUACGUAGAAUAUUUAGUAACAUAGACUUGAAAAAAAAAUCUAAACUAUUAUUUGGAAAAAAAACAUGAAUUUUUGUGAUUGAGUUAACUCAUAAUAAUAAGAUAU